UGGCUGUGCACGCUCGGGUAGUCUACUUGACAUUCGUGCCCGGCUUCUCCUUCCUCGUCCUAGACAGACCAUUCGUUCCUUCGGACAUUCGACCUCCUUGCCAUCGCCGCUGACUCGUGAAUCUGUCAUUUCUGCCUACUCGAGUGACGAUCUGAUCAGGAUCAGAAAAAGACCUAAAACUGUUAAAUCAAUCUUUGUAAGGAUUUGAGAAGGGAAGCGGCUUCGUUGGUUGCGUAAAGAUCUAGGACCAUGUGGGUCGCUUCGUGCGCCGCGUCUUGCUGCGCCUCGUGCGCAUGCGAGGCGUGCAAGGGCAUCGCGAGUGGAAUUUCUCGACGUUCAGCGCGUAUCGCUUACUGUGGUAUCUUCACUAUGUCUUUAUUGGUGGCUUGGUUGCUGCGAGAUUUCGCACAGCCACUGUUGGAGGAAAUCCCAUGGAUCAAUACUUUUGUUCACACACCCGGAAAAGAGUGGUUUGAAACCCAGGCUGUUCUUCGAGUGAGCUUUGGGAACUUUUUUUUCUUCGCAUGCUUCGCCGUGAUAAUGAUCGGUGUCAAGGACCAGCGAGAUCAACGAGAUUCUUGGCACCAUGGUGGCUGGAUGGCCAAAUUCAUCAUGUGGACGCUAUUUGUGAUUAUGGCAUUCUUCUUGCCCAACGAAAUAGUCAAUGGCUAUGGUGUUGUAUCAAAGUUUGGUUCAGGUCUUUUCUUGUUGGUGCAGGUUAUCAUCUUGUUGGACUUCACUCACAAUUGGAAUGCUGCAUGGGUCGCAAAGGAUGAACAGUUCUGGUAUGUUGCCCUUCUGGUCGCAUCUGUCGGUUGCUAUCUGGCCUCGUUUGUUCUAUCUGGCUUCUUGUUUCACUGGUUUACUCCAUCAGGCCACGAUUGUCAGCUCAACACUUUCUUCCUUGUGACAACUGUAUUUCUUGGGAUUUCCUUCGCCAUUAUAUCUCUGCAUCCAAAGGUUAACGGGAGCCUCUUACCAGCAGCAGUUAUCGGAUUGUACUGCACUUAUCUGAGCUACAGUGCCCUCUCAAGCGAGCCCCGUGAUUAUGAGUGCAAUGGAUUGCACAAGCAUGUUGCAGCAGUAUCUACUGGCACCCUAGUCAUGGGCAUGAUGACAACGCUUUUGUCUGUCGUGUACUCUGCUGUUCGUGCUGGAUCAUCAUCUACGUUCCUCUCCCCUCCAUCUUCUCCAAGAGCAGGAAGCGGCAGUAAGCCAUUGUUGACAGAGCGAGACAUGGAAGGUGGCCAUGAUUCUGAAGACGAAGGAGAGAUGAAAAUGACCAGAGGCAGCAAGCGUGAUGAUCCUCGCCCUGUCACAUACGUAUACUCAUUUUUCUACCUGAUCUUCGCAUUGGCUAGUAUGUACUCCGCCAUGCUGCUGACAGGCUGGGGUAACUCUAAUAUCCAGGAGGACAUUGUUGAUGUUGGCUGGCCAUCAGUGUGGGUCCGCAUCAUCACCCAAUGGAUCACAGCUUGUCUGUACAUCUGGUCUCUAAUUGCUCCCUUCAUCUUACCAGAUCGCGACUUCUCUUAGAUCGUAAGUUGGAGAAGCUUCAGUCCUUUGAGCACUGUAAAUUCUCUCUGUUUUUCUUCUAAUCAAUGUGACCGCGACCUGCUCUGUGUAACUUUAGCAACCUUGUGAAAACUCACUAGUUUGCGAGACUCUAUACUUACCUUCUGUACAUCUAAACAAAACUCCCUCUGAGACCAUCUAGUUUGAUCGCACUUUGAGCCAUGACGAGUUUGCAGAUUUCUUUUUUGGAUGUUGGGAUGGCUUCCUAGCCUUUCAACAUCUAAGGAGUCGAAGAAUUUAUCUUUCUAUAAUAUCGGUGAUUUGCACUGAUACCAACGAUUCAGACAUUAUAUAUCCAACUGCGCUCAAGAGGCAGUUUAUAACUGAUUUGUUAAUUCUUGCAGCAAAUUACACUUUUAUGUAGAAGUUGCCAAAGUUGGCGUUUUCUUUGUCUUCGUUGCACGAUGAGCUUAAUGUAGUGUUUAUUUCAAUCUGAAGGGACUUUCAAUCAAACCUUCAACCAAAA